GGUGGCCUUCACGAUCUCUCUCUCUCUCUCUCAUAACUCGGAUCACCACAUGACUCGUUCUCGCUCCCGUAAAAGAACAUGCCAGAACCAAAAUCCCUAAAUUUGCCAAGCUUCCUUUACUGCUCCACGAUCAUCCAGGGGGGAGAAGUAGAACAAAGAGAGAGAGAACUCCAAACCCUUCAUUCUUCUCGGCGAGAUCUUUCGUGGGUUCUCUCCAAUUCACGAUUUUGAUCAGUGGAAAACGCAUUGAUUUCAUUUCCUGGGGUUGUCGAGUUGAUUGAUGUCUGUGGUUGCUGGAGCUAUAUCGGGUUCCAGAGAUAUGGGUUUUGACGAGGAGAAGAGCAAGGGAGGAGGCAAAGGAGAGGAGAACACGUCCAAAACGGCGUCGUCGCAUCACGAGAGCACCGACGAUGAGGCCGUGGAAUCGUUGGGGAGACAGAUGAGCGAAUCUUCUCUGUACGCGACGGAGGAGGAAGACGAUGAAUCCGCUCUCGGUGAGAAGUUACAAUUGGGCCCUCAGUACACUAUCAAGGAGCAUCUCGAGAAGGAUAAGGAUGAUGAGAGUCUCAGGAAGUGGAAGGAGCAGCUUCUUGGAAGUGUAGAUGUGAACAGCAUCGGAGAGACUCUUGACCCUGAAGUGAAGAUCCUUAGCCUUGCGAUCAUUUCUCCUGGUAGACCUGAUAUUGUUCUAUCGGUUCCCGAGAAUGGAAACAUCAAGGGCUCGUGGUUUACCUUAAAAGAAGGGAGCAAGUACAACUUGAAAUUCACCUUUCAAGUUAACAACAACAUCGUGUCUGGCCUUAAGUACACCAAUAACGUCUGGAAGACCGGUGUCAAAGUGGACAGAACAAAGGAGAUGCUCGGGACUUUUAGUCCUCAGCUGGAGCCAUACACUCACGUGAUACCAGAAGAGACCACUCCCUCUGGCAUGUUUGCUCGGGGAUCAUAUUCCGCUAGAACUAAGUUUCUCGACGAUGAUAACAAGUGCUACUUGGAGAUCAACUAUGCCUUCGAAAUCCGUAAAGAAUGGCCUUCUGCUUGAAUCCGAAGCCACUGCCCCGGCUCAGGCUCGUCCCAGCAAGAUCAAUCUUACUCAUUUUCACUCGUCUCUGAACAUAUUAAGUGAAUGGUUUCCCCUUAACAAGCUCUUUCUUCUUUCAUGUCUUUGACAAGAAGUUGGGACAAGAAGAACAUCAUCAUCUUAGAACAAAGAGAAGGAAAAAACAUUUUUAUUUUUGCAUGUUGAUAUUGUUCCCUGUAAUAGCUUUGGGAGGUUUUUCUAGAAUUCAUUCCUGUUUGUCUGAUUUCGUCGCCAUCAGAGGUUUCUUCAAAUUCAUUUUGGGGAUCAGUAUUUUUUCGGUUUUUGUUCUGUCGUAUGAAGACAUUAGUGGUUUUAUUUUUGUU